AUGGCAGACAGUGAAACACCCAAUGUCGUACCCAGCGGAAAUUUAUUACCCCCUGGCCAUGAAUCCAGCUCCAGGAUCAAUGAUGCUUUUGAGCUCUUGUGGGGAUAUCGUAAAUAUUUGGUACUGCUUGGAGUCCUAGCAGUUGGUGUGACAUACAAUGCUGGAUUAACACCACCAGGGGGAUCGUGGACACUAAACAAGGAUGGCCAUGAUGCUGGUGACCCUGUCAUGCAUGAUGGCUUUUCUGGACGAUAUGAGGUGUUCUUUUACUGCAAUGCAGCAGCCUUCGCUGCAUCUCUUGUCUUAAUCAUCUUGCUUCUCAGCAAGAGUGUGACAAAUCAGAGGAUGUGGCUCCAUUCAAUGCAAUUGACCAUGACACUGGACCUAUUCAGCCUGCUGGGGGCUUAUGCUGCUGGAAGUUGCAGGACACUCAAGUCAUCCAUUUACAUCUUGGUUCUAGUCCUUGCUGUUAUCAUAUAUGUUGGGAUCCAUACCCUAGUAUCCACAAGGUUUAUUCCAAGAGAAUUGAAACAGAAUCUGCAGACAAUGAUAAAUAGUGUUCUAAACCAACGGAGUUCCCUUGGCAGGCAAGAGAGCAUCCCUCUAGAGAAAGCCGUUGAGGAGGCUCGCAAGUUCAUUUUGACGCUUGUAAUUUUUGCUGCUACUAUCACAUACCAAGCAGGAUUGAAUCCACCGGGCGGCUUUUGGGCUGAAAAUGACCAUGGUUCUAAUAAGGUGCAUAUGGCCUUUCCUCCUUACAAGCAUCAUCCGGGUACUUCUGUUCUCCGGACUAACUACCUUGGUCGUUAUAAUAUAUUCAUCAUUUCCAAUUCAACUUCCUUCGUGGCAUCUUUGGUCAUAAUCAUACUGAUUCUGAGCCCAAAACUGAGCGGACAUGGAAUAAGGACCAAAGCAGUGAUUGUAUGUGUGGUAGUGGACCUACUGUGCCUAAUUGCUGCGUAUGCUGCAGGAUGCUGUAGAGAGGUAGCAACAUCAUUCUUUGUGGUGUCUAUUUUCUUCAUAGUUUGGAUAUCCUUCGCAGUUUUAGUUGGAUUCUUUGUUCAGGGACCUGUAGCAAAUUGGCUACGAAAGGUCAAAUCAAGCAGCCUGUGUUAUGUGAAAAAAUGGGGCCGUGCACUUUCGUUGAACUUUCGUGACCACAGAUCGAUCAAUGCAGAGCAGGGGAAUUCUGUGGCAAGGAAUCAUCAAUCUCCAGCCUGUUCAACUGAUGCACCUGCAGAAGUUAAUACCCCUGAGCAACAUUCAAAUAUCAGACAGGGUGAAUUCCAUGAGUUGCAUGUACCUGCAGAAAAAAGUCAAAUUUCAGAUGUUCAAGAGGCUGUGCCUAACACACAGCAUCCAUCAGGGAACAGCCAGCAAUCAACAAAUAUUCAGGACGUUGUGUCCAACCCGGAGUGCCAGUCUCCAGAUGUCCAGUGUGUUGCAAACAUAGAGGAGGACGUGUCCAGCUCACAGCAUCCUGCAGGGAACUGUCAACGACCAGAACAUGUCAAGGAUGUUGUGUCUAACAUGGAGUACCCAUUACUAAGCCACCAGCAAACUGAAAAUAGCAUGUGCGGUAUGUCAGCUAACCAGAAAGUUGCAAGUAUGGGGAAGCAAUCUUCACCUGAUGAUCCUGACAUGACUGCUCUUUCAGUUGAGCAAAAUAUGUCAGUCAGGCAGAGUGAUGGAGACACUAGUAGUGACAUAGUGGAUGAAGGGCUCUCUGCACCUGUGGAAGCCACUGGCAGUGCGGACUCUGCUGAACAAAACAAUCUGGUUGGAGAUAAUAACCCUAGUACUGAGAUUCUUUGCAGUGAUGACCAUCCUAUACAUUCUGAGAAUGUACAUAUUGACAGCAAUCAAGUACCCAAUCAAAAUGCUGAUGACAUUCGAACUGAGAAGCAUCUGAAGAAGACCCGCACAUGUAUGCUGCUUCUUGCCAUUCUUGCAGUAUCUCUGGCAUACCAAUCAGGCCUGAAUCCACCAGGUGGCUUUUGGUCAAUAAGUAAAGAUCAUCAUUCAGCUGCUGAUCGCAUCCUUGAGGACACCCAUCAUCGCUGGUUCAUUGCAUUCUUCUAUCUCAAUGCAAUCGCCUUUGUGGCAUCCAUUGUCAUGAUCACUUUGCUCUUGAACAAGAUGGUGAGCAACAAGGUCACCAAACGGCGUGCAUUGCCAAUAACGAUGAUAGUGGUCCUACUUUCCCUAACCGGAGCUUUUGCUGUGGGGAACUGCAGGGAGGCAAAGAAGACUAUUUUCAUAUCAGCGCUCAUAUGCAGUGUACUUGCUUAUGUUCUCAUUCAUGUCUUGAUAGCAGUACAUAUAAUUCCUCCAGAAUGGAGAAGGCAGGUGGCAGAGAUGCUAAAGCACUCAGUUAGUCAUUUUUGCUCAGUGCCGCGUCAAUCAGGCGACAACCAGACUGGGGGUGAUACUAGUGAGAAGGAGUUGGGAAGGCGGCGUAAUCUGCUAUUGACCAUUGCUAUUUUGGCUGUGACUGUCACAUACCAAGCUGGCAUGAACCCUCCAGGAGGUGUCUGGUCUGAUGACAAGGAUGCCACGGGAACUCCGGGCAAUCCAAUCCUUCAUGAUACCCAUCCAAAACGCUAUGAUGUGUUCUACUACUCAAAUUCAGUUUCAUUUGUGUCGUCCGUGGUCGUCACAAUAUUACUUGUGAAUAAGGAAUCCUGUGAGUAUGGAAUCAAGUCCUAUGCACUGCGAGUGUGUUUGGUGGCGGGCUUGCUUGGCCUCCUCAUUGCCUAUGUUGCAGGAAGUUGCAGAAAUAUUAAACAGUCCAUAUAUCUGAGCAUCAUUGCUAUGGCAGUUCUAGUGUCACUUCUGAUUCAAGUUCUGCUCUCUUCAAUGCAUGGCACACUAGGAAGACCAUUGGCUAAGUGUCUAGUAUUUCUACACGAUCUUCUCUUUCAUGCGGAGGGUGAACGAGUAAUCACUCCCGUGAGGCCAGUAGCUUCAGUUGUCGAAGAAAAAAAAGUUAAAAAGAGACACAAGUAUCUGAUGCUUCUUGCAAUUUUAGCAGCAUCGAUCGCAUACCAAGCUGGUCUGAACCCACCUGGUGGAUUCUGGUCUGAUGAUGAGGGCCAUGUACCAGGCAAUCCCGUGCUUCGUGAUAUUAAUCACCGACGGUACAAGAUCUUCUUCUGGUUCAAUUCUUUCGCAUUCAUGGCAUCCAUUGUGGUGAUCAUGCUUCUGCUGAGUAAAUCUAUCAGGAAGGCUGUGCCACUUGGAAUAUUGCACUUGAUCAUGAUACUGGAUAUGUUGGCUCUGAUGACAGCUUUUGCUGCGGGAAGCUGCCGCAAAUUGAGGACUUCAGUGUAUGUCUAUGCACUAGUUGGCGGCGUUGUAGUAAUCCUGCUGCUCCUAAUUAUUGUGACAAGUGCAAUUGCAAAAUGUCGGAAGCCAAGAGAGGGAAAUGGGAUUAACUCCCCAAGACGUCCUGAACCUGUUUCAGGAGCAAACACACCAGCACGACCUGAAGUUUGA